AUGCCUCGACUGAGAUCGAGGCGAACGACAAAAGAAAACAUUGAUGGUCCUGAGGAGACAAAGUCGCCGAAAAAUUGCGGUACAGUGGCGUCCAGAGUUUCGGCGAAAAAAAAAGGUAAUGAUGAUAAUUUGAUUGCUGUUAAUGCGUUAGCGAUGUUAAAAUCGCCAGUUCUACGGGACAGAACGAAUUUGAUAACAACACCCACGAAAAAUGAUGUUUUGAAAAAAGGUAUCCAGGACGAGGAAGCUGGUGAUGCGGUGGCCACUGAGUCUGAGGUGAAAGCUACGAGAACGAGGCAGAAGAAGAUUGAGGAGGUGAAGGAUGUCAAAACUGCGGUUGGAAGAACGAGGACUAGAGGAAGUAAAGCUGACAUUCAGGAAACUGUCAGUCUGAAGCCUUCAACUUCUAGUAAAAAAUCCAGUAUGAUGAUUAAUACAGAUGAUCAAGAUGUACCAGUUAAAGCAGUUGAGGAUAAAACUGCUAAAAGUAAAACUAAUGUAAAAAAAAGAACGAGGCUGGUUGAGAAAAAAACAGAAUCUAAAGUUAGUACUCGAGCUAAGAAAGUUGGUGCUGCUAAAGAUAAAUUAAAGCCUUCGGGGAAAGAUUCUGAUAAUGAAUCAAAGGAUGUCGAAGAAAAUUUAUCUUCUAAUGAAGCUCAUGAUGAUAAAUUAAAUGAUUCGUUGCCUGAAAAUAAUAAAGACGUGCCUAAAGUUGUCAAGAAAAAAUCCGCUGGUAAAAAGAAGGUCAGUGUAGCUUCUAAUAAGCGAUCUAUACGAGCUCGUAAGACUGAGGAAGUAAAUGAACCUAAAGAUGAUAAAGAAAAAUCAGCUAGUGAAGAUGAUAAUGAUCAAUUAGAGGAUUCAGCUUCUGAAAUUGGUGAUGAUGAAGCUAAAAAUGUUAAAAAACAACCAGCUAAUAAAAAUAAGGUCAGUGUAGCUUCUAAUAAACGAUCUUUACGAGCUCGUAAGACUACAAAAGUUGAUAAACUACAAGAUGACGAAGAAAAAUCAGCUAGUGAAGAUGAUAAUGAUCAAUCAGAAGAUUCAUCUCCUGAAAUUGAUGAUAAUAAAGCUGAAGAUGUUAAAAAACAAUCUGCUAAUAAAAAGAAGGCCAGUGUAACUUUUAAAACACGAACUUCACGAGCUCGUAAGAUUAAGGAAGUAAAUAAAGCAAAAGAUGAUGAUGAAAAAUCAGCUAGUGAAGCUGAUAAUUAUCAUUCAGAAGAAUCAUCUCCCGAAACUGAUGAACUUGCGACUCAAGAAUCAGACAAACCCAAAGGAAAAAAAUUCUUCAAAAUAAUUGUUCCUACAGCUCAUUAUAAACUCUCUCCUGUGAAGAAAAAGAGAUUGGCUGCUAAGCAAAAACAUGUCUGGGGUCAAAAAGUUCGUGGAAUAGUUGCCGAUCCAAGAAUGAGUGGUUCUUUUCGUUUAAGACAAACGACUAUCAAAGAAUCAUUGGCUAAUGCUUCAAAAAAGGCUCUGAGACCUCGGCCUCCGAGGAAAAGCAAUGAAAAUUCGCCCAACAAAAAGAUUGUCAAGAAAAGAGGACCAGUUUAUAAAGAAAUCAUAGAAGAUGGUAUUAGUAAAAAAAAUAGUCCAGAUGAAAUUUAUGAAUUUAGUUAUGACUUGAAUGAUUCUAAGGAACGGAAGAUUAUUCGUAAAAGGAAAAUCACUCGCAAAGCUCCGGUCAAACGAAAUAAAGCAUCAACUAAAACAAAGAAGGCUGUUAACAAAACAGAGGAGCCGCCAGCUGUAACAGAAAAAAUUGUCAUAAAUCAGCCAGUAGCUCCUGCUAGUAUUCCUGAAGAACCUGCCGAAACUCAUCAAGUUAAUAUUACAGUAGCGGCAGAAGUUUAUGAUCCUCCAAGUCCAGGUCCAAGUUCAGAGCCAUUCUUUGGAGAUGAACCUUCUACAACUGUGGAUGAACAACCGCAAAAAUCACGACCGGUAGUGAUUUCUUGUCAAGAGUUAAGCGCUGAAAAUCGCAUCAAUUGGACAACGACUCCGGUACAGCCAAAGCCAACAGAAAAAGAAUCUUCAGGACCUCGUCAAUACGGUCAGAGACCGUCGAAGCAAAUAAAGACCAUGCUGGACACUUCUCUGAUCAGACGAUCUCUUUCACCAAUCUCCAAGGCGAAUCCUACCCCUUUUAUUGAAGAUGCUGGCAGUCCGUGGCGUCUUGUUCCUAGUAGUUCGUUUUCCCGUGUGAAAAAUGUCUUCCAGAGUACUCCUCAGGGGAAGAAAUUUACUACGUUGCUAGGUAAGGCUUCAGCUGCUGAAAACAAACGUUUGAGUUUGAAUAUGGAUAAAAUUGAAGAAGCUCAUGAUGAAAAUCCAGACACCAAGCAAAAUAAUUCGUCGGAAAAUGUGCAAAUUAAUAAUUCUAAAUCACCUAGAAAAUUCGGCACUGAGAUUUCUAAUAUUAAUAAUAUUAAGGGGAUUAAUCAAGCGGGAAUAAGUCCGACCAAGUCUCCUCGGAUGUUUGGAACUGACCUUUCGAAUUCAAAUAACUCUUCACCAGCGAAAAGUCCUCUCAAAAAAUUGAGUAACUCAUUAUCGGCAACGAGUCCGCUUAAGAAAAAAUUAAGUAACUCUCCAUUGGCUACGAGUCCGCUUAAGAAAAAGCUUUCCAAGUCUUUGGUACUGAAUGAAAACAGAUCAAUUAGUAGAGAAAAAUUAUCUGUUACAAAUGUUUCUAUUAUUGAUAGAGAGCUUUCUGUACCCAAAGCUUCGGCUGAUGAAACUUUAGACAAGGAAAAUUCAGCGCCGAAUUUGCUAAGUCCAAGCAAAACUCCGAGAAUAAAUAGGUCGGUUGGCAGCAGUUUUGGAAGUCCAUUUAAAGGUUUUUCAAGUGAGAAACCUGUUGAGGAUUCAAGUCUUGGUAGUCCAUUCAAAGGUUUUCCAAGUGAAACUCCUGCUUCUCCUGUAAAUGAAAUAAGCCAAGAAUCAAAUCUUGGAAGCCCAUUCGUAGGUUCUCCUAGUGAUAAAUCUGUUAAGGAUUCAACUCUUGGAAAUACAGUGGAAAGUUUUACUAGUAAUAAAUCUGUUGAGGAUUCAAGUCUUGGAAAUAAAUCGGAAGGUUUUAAAAGUAAUAAACCUGUUGAAGAUUCAAAUCUUGGUAGUCCAUUUAAAGGCUUUCCAAGUGAAUCUCCAGCUUCUGCUGUAACUGAAAUAGGACAAGAGCUACUACCAGAAAUUGAAACUCAACCAGAGAUUGAACCUCAACCAGUUAUUGAAACUCAACCAGAGAUUGAAUCAAGACCAGAGAUUGAAACUCAACCAGUCAUUGAACCUCAACCAGACAUACAAACUCAUCCAGAGAUUGAACCUCAACCAGACAUUGAAACUCAUCCGGAAAUUGAACCUCAACCAGGGCCUUCAGGACUUCAAAAAAAUAGUCCUCCAGCUAAGACAUGGAAAUUAAAACAGUCUAAUUUAAAUAGAUUUUUAAAUCUACCUGAAAAACCAACUAGCACUCGGAUCAGCACAGCUCAUGGUAUAUUUGACGACUUAAAUACGUCGCCCGUUGAAGUGAAUAUCAAUAAAAAUACUAAUAAGACAGGCGAACCAAAUGUUGAAAAUGCAUUUGGAUUUGAUGAUAAUGAUGAGUCUGAUGAAGCGAAUACUUCGUAUGACUUUGGUAAGGCGCCUGUUGAACCUACUGUGCCUAAAAAAGUUAAAGUACCUGCUAUGAACCCCGCAAAUAUUAAAAUAGUCCAAGCAGUAAUUCAUAAUAACAACAAUGGAGAGAGUAAAACAGCGACGAGGAUUUCUACAGAAACAAUUAAUAGAAUAUUGAGAUCUAACAAAAAAGAUGAUGGAAUUAGAGAACCUGACAUUCAAGUAGCACCUGCUGAAGAACAUCAGUUUGUGGAGCCUGCACCAACUCCUUUUGAACCAGAAAAAUUUUUAGACACUUUUGAUCUCUCAACUGAAGUCGGUACUGAAAAUGUCGAUAAACCUAUUGGGCUGUUUCUUGAUAGUGAACCUGUUAUUCACUAUAAAGAGCCUCCAAGAUUUUCUUACAAACGUAAACGUCGCCAACGUCUGAUGUCUUGUGGGGAUUCAGAAGAAGAAAGCGAUGACGAGGAGCGUAAACGGCCGGUAAAGAAAAAGAAACUCACCAAAGCCGAACGAGAACAAAAUAAAAAAAUAGAAGAAUGGGCUAAAACGGUCAAUAGUUCGUUUGCAGAAAUAGAAGAUUUUAAUUUGGUAGUCGAGUAA